AUGGCGAGUAGAGGAGUUUCUUGGGACACCUCGGUCCACAGCAUUCAAGAUUUGAAGUACCAUGGAAGCCGAAGACUCCCAAAGAUGUAUCGAGAUUAUUUCAACGAGGGCGCUAUGGAUCUACUCACUGUGAAGGAGAAUGAGGAAGCUUAUGACUACUACAAAAUUCAACCUCGUGUCCUUGUCAAUGUCGAUAAUGUCGAUAUAUCCGGUGAGAUUUUCGGUUUCAAAACAGCGUUGCCCUUGGGCUUCAGCCCUGCAGCCAUGCAUGGUUUAGCUCAUCCAGACGGCGAGAUUGCAACUUCGAGAGCUGCAGCAAAGAUGGGAAUCUGUAUGGGUCUAUCAUCAUAUGCAACCGCAUCACUGGAGGAUGUUAUUUCUCAAGGUGCUGGGAAUCCCUACGUAAUGCAACUGUGCAUUCUGAAGGAUCGGUCGAUUACCCUCCAAAUCCUCCAACGGGCGGAAAGUGCUGGAUACAAGGCAAUUUUCCUUUCCGCCGACACUCCAUGCCUAGGCCGACGUUUGAACGAGUAUCGAAACAACUUCAGUCUCCCGGACGGGAUGUCCUGGCCAAACCUACUAUCUGAUGGCAAAAGCGAGCUCCGUGCCUCCAGUGAUCAGAUUGGGAAAAGCGACGAGGUGCCAGCGGAGCCUAGCAAGCACGACUAUGACCCGUCGGUUGACUGGGACAGUCUGAUUCCUUGGAUGCGCCAGCACACGAAGCUUCAAAUAUGGGUCAAAGGAAUCUACGGGCCUGAAGACGUCCGGGCUGCCAUUAAGCAUGGACUAGAUGGCGUGGUAAUCUCUAACCACGGUGGUCGACAGCUGGAUGGAGUCCCGGCCUCAAUUGACAUUUUAAGGCAGUGUGCCCCUGUAGCGCGAGGAAAGAUUCCUAUCACUGUGGAUGGGGGUAUUCGCCGAGGCACCGACAUCUUCAAGGCUCUUGCUCUGGGUGCCUCGCACUGUUUCGUAGGCAGGAUUCCCAUAUGGGGCCUUGCGUACGACGGCCAAGACGGUGUCGAGCUAGCACUGAAAAUUCUCAUGUAUGAGUUCAAAGUGGCUAUGUUGCUGGCCGGUUGCAGAAGCAUCAAGGACAUCACUCAAGACCAUCUUGUGUACAAGAAGGCGGACGGGCUAUUGGCAAAGCUGUGA